AUGAAGGCUUUCACCGUCCUCGUCAACUUGGCCCUUGCCUCCAGCGCCGUUGCCGUCGCUGUCGACAGCCGUGCAACUCUCCCGGGCUUUGAGGAGCGCGCUUGCGGCACCACUGGCGCGCCUUGCACUAGCGGUGACGACUGCUGCACCUAUUGCGACCCUUACUCUGGGUGGACUUGUACCGACCAGACCAGCGCAUGCGUUGCUACCGGCACGGUCCCUGCCUUGGGCCAGAACGACUGCUGUAGCAAGGCUGUUGAUUCGGAUGGCAAGUGUACUUAA